AUGCCUUCUAACAUCGAACGCAAAGCCCGACGCAAGAAGCAAACGCGGCUCACUUUCGAACCAGUGAGUAGUUCUCCGGUACAAACAAUGUCGCCCGCCCACGUACGUUACGAACCAGUUGGGAAGAGAAGUACGCCAACGUCGAGCUUGCAACAAGCUACAUACGAAGAAGCGGAUAGCGAGAGCCAAACUGCGGGAUCUGCAGCGAAACACAAGGAGAGUCUGAAGGUGAUGGCGGGGAGUGGAAAGAAGAAAAAUAUUGCGAAAACGCUAUUCAAGACCUUACCUACGCCUGCGAAGUCUUCUCAAGUUGGAAGAGACAAUUCCGUGGACACUCUGCAGAAUGACUCCGAUAGCGAAGAAGAUAUUCAACCUCGGAGCGUUCGGCGAAGCUCCGGAUUCUUGUCCUCAGAGAAGAGGAAGCCUAUCACCGGUCUGGAUGAGGCAGAGUCAUCCGAUGGAUCCUUGGUCGAAAAGCCACAUUCGACGCCAUCGAAGAAUAUAGGCCGAUCUCGCGGACAGAGGAAGGAACCCGAGGUUAUCACGUUGGAUAGCGACAGCGAGCCGGAAGUCUACCAGCUCAAGCCUACACGGUCGCGCGGUAGGAGUAACAACAAAGAAACUUCCCAGACAGCCACGAGAACAAUGCCGUUAACGAAUAGUGGGCCGAGACGUGCCAGACGAUCAAAGCCUGUUGAGUUGUCUGAAGAUGAAAUCCAGCUCCCGAUGCUUAAUAAGGCAAAGGAGAAGGACUUUCCAAAGUCAAAAGCCACGGCGAGACCGAAAAACGGUAAAUCAGCUUUUGUCGAUAUUGACAGUGAAGUCGACGACGAUCCUAUCAUAUCCUCACCUAAGAGAUCGCAAAGACCGCUUCAUAAGCCUUCCGAGACGUCGGAUUCGGAUGAAGAUGUCAGAUCCUCUCCUGCCAAGCGACGCCAACAGAAGAUGGCUGUACAAGAGGACGACGAGGAGGAGGACGAUGAGCCUGUUGUAUCUCCUUUGAAGCGAAAUAGAGAAAUCGUGUCAGAUGAUUCUGAAGCUAUUCUUGCUUCGCCAAUGAAGCGACGUCGUCCUAUUACGAGAUUAGAUAGCAACAGCGAUGAUUUGCCAACAAUCACUACAUUAUCUAGACGCAAAGGCAAAGAACGAGCAAAGUCUCCAAGUCAGCCUCCUGAGACCCCAAUGCGGACUAGGCAAGCAAAGACUCGUCGACACCGGACGGCUAAAGAGAAGACUAUGGAAUUACUGAAACGCAGAAGAGCUGGUGAGAACAUCGAGGAACUUACUGCAUCAGAAUCCGAUGACGACGAUGAUGAAGAUGACUUCCAAAAGCUAGAUGAGUUCGACGACGAAGAGCAAAGUCCCGAGCAACUGAAGAAAUUUUCCAAAUCUAAGGUCAAAGUAAGACGCCAGAGGGGGGACAGUAGUGAUGAGGAGGCAGGGGAAUCGGAUUUUGUAAUUGAAGACAAUGACGGGCCUCUUGGGGUUCCCGAUUAUGCUCAGUUGAUGCCUUUGGAAUUCACACAAGCUGCUCACAAGCCUCUCAAAGAGCACUUUAGGGACGUGGUCGAAUGGAUGGUUCAGAACAAGCUGAACCCAGGGUUUACUUGGAAUGAUCCUGUUUAUGUUCAGGCCUUUCAGAAGCUUGAUAAUGAAUAUCUCGGCUUUGCCGACAGCAAAUUCGUCUCUACACAAUGGACUGCUGAGUUUAAUAGAGCUGUUUACGCAAGACCAACGAUCCUCAUAACCAAGCUCGCCCCUGGGGAGGGCAUUGAUGCUCUAGGUGAAAGCAAAUGCGAGCCAUGUAACCACCGCAACCACCAUCCGUCAUUCGCUAUCCAAUUCACCGGCAAGGCUUAUCAUAAGGCAACUUUGGAAGAGAUCGACAGCGAGAGUGAUGAUUCAGAUGAAGAAGACGAUGAUAGUAACGACUCGGACAAAGCUUCUGUCAACAGUAAAGGCCAACCGUUGCCUAGCACGGACAAAAUUUGGAUGUCAGGAAGUGUCUGCAAGCAGAAUGCCGAACAGGCACAUACUUUGAUCCAUUGGCGCUGGCACCUCAACGACUGGGUGGUGGGCAAUCUGGAGGAACAAGGUUACUUGAGACCAUCCAAGUUGGCAGCUCGCGAGAAGUUGACCACAAACAAGCGUAUGAAGCUCGCAAACGCCGUCGUUGACUCAUGGGAAGCGGACAAGACCAUCAAGAAUCUCUAUCACGACUUCAAAGUCCAGCUUGAAACUGCCAGAGAACUUAAGGCGCAAGCUCGUGGUGGCUGGAAGUGA